UGCCGCUGCCCAAUCUACUUAGGGGGUGAGCGUAGCAGCGGCUCGGUCCAGACUCCAUUUCCCGGUGUCCCUCGCGGUGCAGCGGGGUGUUACGGGAGUUGUAGUCUGGCCGCUCUUAGGGCUGGUCCAGCUACUUCGACCGGCAGGAUGUCGGAGGUGCGGCUGCCACCGCUACGCGCCCUGGACGACUUCGUUCUGGGGUCGGCGCGUCUGGCGGCUCCGGAUCCUUACGACCGGCAGCGAUGGUGCCACCGCGUCAUCAACAACCUCCUCUACUACCAAACCAACUACCUUCUGUGCUUCGGCUUCGCACUCGCUCUGGCCGGGUACGUGCGCCCGCUGCAUACCCUCCUAAGCGCGCUGGUAGUGACGGUGGCCCUUGGCGUGCUGGUGUGGGCGGCAGAGACUCAAGCAGCCGUGCGCCGCUGCCGCCGUAGCCACCCGGCCGCCUGCCUGGCCGCAGUGCUUGCCUUCGGCCUCCUUGUUCUCUGGGCCGCGGGCAGCGCUUGCACCUUCCUGCUAGGCGUCGCCGGACCUGUGCUUCUGAUUCUGGUGCACGCCUCACUGCGCCUGCGGAACCUCAAGAACAAGAUUGAGAACAAGAUUGAGAGUAUUGGUCUCAAGCGGACGCCAAUGGGGCUGCUACUGGAGGCGCUGGGACAAGAGCAGGAGGCUGGAUCGUAGGGGUCUAGGAUUUGUACCCAAGACCUGGAGAAUGCCACCCCCCACCCUGGCCCUGUACUGGGACCCAGAGCCCUUUCCAAGCCCUUGAAAUAGAGGGCCCCGUCCAGUUCAGAAAGCAGGACAUCUGUGACCCUCCCCCUGAUCAGCUCCCAUUACCUAGGGGACCAGACUCUUCUUCAGCCCUGAACUUGAGGGCUUGGAUACCUGAGCAUCCAUGGCCAUCCUCAAACCCUGGACCCAGUGAUACUCCCCCACCUCCAAUCUUGGACCCACCCAUCUCCCACCCUCAGCGCCAAAGGUGGGAUCUGGGCCCAAGACAUUCUCUUGAACCCUGGACUAAGGCUUUUCUAGACCCCCACCCCAGCUUUGAACCCAGAUCAGGGCAUUUCCAAAUCUUGAACCCAGGACCCAAGUGUUCCCAGCCCCCAUCAGGACAGAGGAUUCAGGCAUCCUGACCCUGUUGAACCCUUGGUUCCAGGUGACCCGAACCCUCUCCAGUCCCACUUGCCUCUCUCCAGCUCUGCUUAGUGAUUCUGCUCCUCUCUCCAACAUCCCACAGUGAUGAGGACCAAGGGGUGGGGUGGGGGUAGCCCUGACCUGGAAUGGGGCAUCUGUAUCAGUGUUACGGCAACAAUAAAGACUGUUGCAUCUCUCAAGCCGA